AAAAAGAAAAAAAAAAUUGUAACUGCAGACGCCACAGACAGAGCACAGGCUGCAGUUUUUUUUAGCUAACAACGAAGAAGACUUGAAUAUCUGUCAAUCAAGGAAGUGAAAGAUGCUGGCAGACAAAAAGACGAAGAGAUAAAACUUGUGAGUAGAAAGAUAAAAAAGUAAGAAAUAAAAGAAAGAAAAUACGAAAGACUUUAUCCAAUCCAGCAAAGUUUAACAUUAAGGGGGCAGCCCAGUGGGGCUGACGUGAAACGACCGCCUACGAAACAGACAUGGGCACGACUUCUGAUGCAGAGUUAGUGGAGAACGACAUGCAGAACUCUGAAUCUUCCAACUCACCGAUCAAGAUACCUAUGGGCUCUUCAGUCUCCAGUGAGGAUGACUCCCCACUCAAAACCUACAAGUGGCACACGGGCAUGAAGCAGGCUAUUGAAGGGUUAAGAUCUGAAGGGUCAGCUGGGGACAAGGAGGCCCACAAGGGAGCCAGCAAGUGGAGCAAGAUGAGCAACUGGCGCAAGGCCUUCAGUGAGGAAGCUGCAGCUGGUGAGCAUAUCUCAGCCAAACGCUUUAAAGACUCACCAAAGAAAGUGGAUGACCUCCAUGGUGUAAAGACCACUGCGGAUGAAAAACCGCCUCGCAAAUCACCAUUCAGGCGAGCGCUGUCAGAACCACCGGGCUCUAUGAGAAUGGCUCUGACCAAGGUCAAUGAGCAGCCUGUGGGAGCCACAGAAGUGCAACAGAGUCCCACCGAAAGGUCCAAUCACAAAACAGCGGUCUUCCGAAAGUACUUUAGGUCAGUCUCUCAGAGGUUCAAGAAGCCCAGAGCUGCUGAAAAGAAGGAAACCCCACAAAAAGAAGAUGUAAUGAAAGAAUCCCAGGAUAUUCAGCUCUCUCCCCCACCCUCAUGGGCACCCCCACAAGAAGUGCCAGUGUGGGACAUUAACAACUGUACCCUUCAUGAUGGGUGCAUGAUUAUCUCCCGUGACGAUGAGCCCGUCUAUCGCACUCGGAACCGAAUAAGUAGCUGCGUGUCCGAGGGCAGCCUUCACAACCUGGCCGGCAGUCGCGGCAAUCUUGAUGGGCCCAGUGAAAUUGUCAGCCAGCGGCCAAAAGGAGGCGUUAAGAGUAAGAUCAUCCGGAAGUUCAAACCACCCCUGGGAAAAAGUUACAGCCAUUCUCAUGAUGAUAUUGGAUCAGGUGACAGUUCUAUGAGACCCCAUGGCUCCCAGGAGUCUUUGUCCAUCUCUGUGGCUAUGGCAGAAAGUCUGGACCUGAGUGGUGAAAAGAAUCUUAUCAUCCGGCCCCUCCACAGCAGCAUCCUGGGAGAAAAAUACUGCUUCGAGGUCAUCUCAUCUGAAGGCAGCCGAUGCUUUGGCUGUGGCUCAGCUGCAGAAAGAGAUCGCUGGAUAGAAAAUUUGCGCCGGUCAUCUCAACCCAAUAAGGAUAACUGUCAGCGGACAGAAAACAUACUCAGUUUUUGGGUAAACGAAGCUAAAGAUCUUCCUCCCAAGAAAAAAUAUUUCUGCGAGCUCCAUCUGAAUGGCUCCCUCUAUGCCCGCACUACCAGUAAAACCAGCACCUCAGGUAACCUGUUUUGGGGAGAGCUCUUUGAAUUGGACAAUCUUCCACCGGUGAAUCAGAUGACUCUGUACAUCUUCAAGGAUGAUGAAGGCAGCAAGAAAAGGACAAAAGAGGAGAACGUACCACUGGGUAGUGUUGCAAUAUCCUUGCCAGAGCUCACUGGCCGCCAAUUUGUGGAGCGCUGGUAUCCGGUGACUGGCUAUCUAGGCUCCGCCUCCAAAGACAGGGCAACCAUUGCAUCUCUCAGAGUCAAGGCCCGCUACCAGAAUAUCUUGGUGUUACCCAUUGAGAAGUACAAGGAUUUUGCAGAGUACAUCACUUUCCACUACAUGGACCUCUGUCUUCAGCUGGAGCCAAUCUUGACCGUUAAAGAGAAGGAAGAACUGGCAUGUGCCCUGGUGCAUGUCCUACAGAGCAUCGGCAAAGCCAAGGACUUUUUGAAAGACCUGGGUAUAGCAGAAGUAGACCGUUUUGAUGAAAAGGAGUCACUCAUCUUCAGAGAAAAUACGCUUGCCACCAAAGCCAUUGACGAGUAUAUGAAACUGGUCGGCCAGAAGUACCUCACCGAUACCCUUGGUAAUUUCAUCAGCCAUGUCUACGAGUCUGGGGACAGCUGUGAGGUUGAUCCACAGAAAUGCUCCCCUAAUGAGCUACCAGAAAAUCAGCACAACUUGCAAAAUAAGUGUGAAGAAGUCUUUCGCCACAUCACAGAGGAAUACAGCUCUUUCCCAGCAGAAUUGAAUGAGAUUUUCUCAACCUGGCAAGAAGAAUGUGCCCAGAGGGAUAAACCAGACAUUGGCAAGAGACUCAUCUGUGCCUCGCUCUUUCUGCGUUUCCUGUGCCCUGCCAUCAUGAACCCUAGCCUGUUCAACCUGAUGCAAGAAUAUCCGGUGGACAGCACUUCGAGAAAAUUAACUCUGACGGCCAAAGUUAUCCAGAACCUCGCUAACUUCACCCAGUUUGGCGAUAAGGAGGAGUACAUGCUGUUCAUGAAUGACUUUCUGCAGCAAAAUCAGGAAACAAUGACGGCGUAUUUGCAGAAUGUGUCCAACCCAGACAGUGAAGUUCACAUGUCCUGCUUUGACGGCUAUGUGGAUCUCCCUUUAAGACUCUCCAUCUUGCAUGGCCUGCUUUGUGCCAUCAUAGCUCCCAAGGACCAGGCGACGAUAAACAACCUCAAAUCCCUGCCCAUCAUUCUCAAUCAGAUCUCCGAUGAGAUGGGGAGUGACUGCUGCCGAAUCAACAUCAGCAAUUUCAUCAAAGAGGAAACCAAGCCAGUGUACGUGCCUCCGAAGAGCCUGGACAAGUUCUCACCACUCCACAACUCUCAUAGCAAUCUCAUGGAUGACAAAAACGCACGAUGGCGCAAGGAGCGAAAGUCUGUGAAGAGGACCCAGAGCGUGCCCGCCCGUACCAAGAAACACACCAACAUUAUGAACCGACAGAGCAGCAACCAGGAGCUGACCCCUGAACAGCACCAGCUUGACAUCUCAUACCCUGAUGGACGGAUGAGCCGAAAUGUUCAGGCAAGCACCAAGGGAACAUCCAACCAAGUACCCUGGGUCCACCCCAACCAGUUAGCCGAAUCCAACAUGGUGCAGAAGAUCAAUGAGGGACAAGAUCCACUGCAGAGGCUUGUACAGGAGAUGGUAGAAAUCCGGCGUGAAGUGGACACCGUGACAGACCGUGAGUUUGAGAUGUCCAAGCGCUUGGAGGACUUCAUUGUUCAGACACAGGAGCAGCAGACUGCGCUGCAGGAGGAGGUCCAGAGCCUCAAAGCACAGCUCAAGUCCAAUGAGGAGCAGCUCACCAACAUGUCCAUCAGGCUGGAGACCAUUGAGGAAGAACGGAAAGAGGAUGAGAUCAAGUUGGAUGCAGCCAUGGCAGCAGUGGAGCGAAUGAACACACUGGAGAUGCAGUACGCCGACCUCGUGACCAUCUUACACGAAGUGAGGGCAGCUCAGAUGAGAUACCAGGCCGCACCCGCAGUGUCAGAAAACCGCCCUGUAGAGAAUGGAGAAGGGGAAGUAGAAGAAAGUGUGCACUGUUGGGGCCCAGAAGACACCUCGGAUGAAUCGCAGUGAGGACCACCAAGGCAACAUGUUGGCGGAUGAAAAAAAAAAAAACAAAAACGGACAAAUCUGAACGACGCUCAGACCACGCUGGGUCAUCAUGCAGCUGCACUGGAAAUUAAGGGAAUAAGUGCAAACAAAUCAAAAAAAAAAGUGAACUUGCACCCGAGCCUCCAACACUGGGGCCUGAACUUAACCCAUCAAAUAACUCUUUUGUCUGUCAAAACUUUUAACUUUUUUGCCUAAAACAUAAUGAAAGUCAUUUUAAAUAGGCCUGAUUUUUUUUCCAUGUGUCAUAAAAGUAUGGCUUUUGCACAUGCAAACAAAAUGUCAUUUCUGAAUUA